AUGGCGUACGGCGAAGUUGACCAUCGCGGGGUGCACACAACUCAGGAGGGCAAGAGUUUGGGCGUUUUCAUUUGCUGGUUUCUGGGAAACGGAUGCCUCUUCGGGUACAACAGCAUGCUCACCAUCGAAGAUCACCUCGUCCACCUCUUCCCAAACUACCAUCCGGUUAGAGUCAUCACUCUCACCUAUCAGCCGUUUGUGCUCGUGAUAGCUGCGGUGUUUGCCUACCAUGAGGCGAAAGUAAACACCAGGGUGCGCAACUUGGUGGGGUACUCACUCUUCUUCCUCGGCUCGCUCGCUCUCAUCAUCCUGGAUCUUGCGACGUCGGGAAGAGGUGGAAUCGCAACCUUCAUCGGCGUGUGUACGGUUGUGGCGGUGUUCGGCGUCCCGGAAGGUCAUGUAGAAGGUGCCAUGACCGGGGACCUGUCCUUGAUGUGCCCGGAGUUCAUACAGUCAUUUUCUGCUGGCAUGGCUGCAUCUGGCGCAAUAACGUCGGCCCUGAGGCUCGUUACAAAGGCGGCCUUCGAGAAAUCCAGAGACGGCCUUCGCAGGGGAGCUAUGUUGUUCUUCGCCGCAUCAUGCUUCUUUGAGCUGCUGUGCGUCGUGCUGUACGCCCACGUCUUCCCCAAGCUGCCAAUAGUGAAAUUCUACCGUGCAAAGGCGGCUUCCGAGGGAUCACUGACGGUCGUUGCCGACCUUGCUGCCGCUGGCCUCCAGGGACAGCCUAAACUAUCGGCUGAAGACGACCCAGCCAUCCUUGAACGUUUGAGCAACAAGCAGCUCCUUAUGCAGAACAUGGACUACGCCUUGGACAUGUUCCUCAUCUACCUGCUGACGCUGUCCAUCUUCCCGGGAUUUCUCGCCGAAGACCUCGGAUCACACAGCCUGGGCUCCUGGUACGCGCUGGUGCUGAUCGCGACCUACAACGGCUCGGACCUGGCCGGGAGAUACGUGCCUCUGGUGGAGAUCAUCAAGGUGACGUCCCGGAGGGGACUGCUGGCCGCGGUGCUCGCCCGGUACCUGCUCCUCCCGGCGUUCUACUGCGCCGCCAGGUACGGAGGGGAGGCCUGGAUGAUCCUGCUCGUAUCGGUUCUGGGACUCAGCAACGGGUGCCUGACCGUCUGCGUCCUGACCGAGGCGCCGAAGCCGUACAAGGGGCCAGAACAGAAUGCUCUCGGAAACCUGCUCGUGUUCUGCCUCUUGGCGGGCAUAUGUUUAGGGGCUGUUCUUGACUGGCUGUGGCUCAUAGGCAAAGGAUGGUGA